AAUGUCACAAUGCAUUGGCCGGGAGUUGAACCCGGGUCUAGUGCUUGGAAGGCACCAAUGCUACCGCUACACCACCAAUGCUCGUAAAGGAAUAGGGUUAAUUGCGUCUGGUGCCCUAGCUCUGGUUUAUAUAUGCGCUCCAUUUGCCAAUUUUGUUGCUGACAAAGUAGGAACUAGAAAAUGCCUAAUGUUAGGAUCCUUUUUUGGACCAUUAGUUCUUGCUUUAACUGGGGUUUAUGCGAAUUUUUGCCAUCCAAGACACGUACUUAUUAAUAGUUUAUUAACUUGCGGAUAUCCUUUGGGUACUUUUAUUCUAAAUCCAGUAUUAGAAAUUCUUAUUCGUAAUUUCGGGUGGCAGAAGACAUUCGGUAUACACGGUUUAAUUCUAUUCCUUCUUUGCUUUCCGUUCUCUCUGGGGGUUGUGGAUCCUGACCAGUUGGAAGAUAAGGCGGGUGAGAGAGACGAAACAAUUCCUCUUAUUCGACCGGCUGAAGAAGGGCAAUUAAAAAAAAAGACAAGAAUAAUUGUCGGAAUGUGUUGGUUUUUUGCAACAUGCCUUCGCAGUGUUGGAUACUCAGGUUCCAUUAUGUUUCUGGUUCACUACAUGACAAGCUUGGGAGUUUCACCGGAAAAAGCUAGUAUUGGAAUGUCUGUUAUGGGUAUUUGCGAGGGACUUAGUCGUUUAAUUUUUUCCCUCUUUGGAGAUAACCUUAAAGGACAUUUAAUCUUUUCGUACACAGUCGCCAGUUUACUGUUGUCAUUGACAAACUGCUUUGCUAUAUUCACAUAUAAUUUUCCGACUGUUCUCAUUUACAUUAUUGCUCUUGGUCUAUUUGAUGGUCCAAUAAUGGCAGCCCAAAUAUCAGCAUCAAUAGAACUUCACGAUGGAAGACAUCUGUCGGAAACAUUCUCGAUUUUCAGAAUAUCUAUGGGCAUUGGUUCCUUUAUCGGACCAACUCUUGCAGGUGCCCUCUUCGAUUUAACUCAUUCUUUUCAUUCGCUAUUCUACCUUGGAUGCGGAUCUUACUUUUUCUGUAGCAUAUUCUAUGUUACAUGCCUAUUAUUGAGAAAAUUCAAGAAAAGUUGGUGGGAAAAUGAAUACGUUCAAUUCUCUAUUGACAAACAACAACCUGAAUAG